AUAAGGAAAACGUGGUUAGGUCACGUUUUAGUGCCAUCGAAUAAGUUACUAUACUAAAAUGAAGAUGUGGACAUGUGUGCUUGUAUGUUUAAUGGCAUAUAUACAAUACGCAUUAUCGAAUGACUGCUCCCAUGCUAAUAUAGAGAACGAUCUUCAGUUGUGUUUGGAUGGUAUAUGGAACAAGGCUAACGACAAGAGUGCAUUCUGGUAUGGAAGUAAUUGGCAGAGUAUUUGUGGAUAUAACCCAUUUGCUGCACCGUACUGUACAGUCAUACAACAGCCUUAUACACCGCAUAGUCUACUUAACACAGUGUAUGGAUUAAACUGGAAUUUGACCGUGAAUCCACUGAAACAGUACCUAGAUAUAACGUAUCAAACACCCACAGGAUCAUACCCUAGCUGUGGAAAUAAAUACACGGUGACUGAAUCAAAGACAUUUGAACUACAACCUUUACUGUCCAAAAACAUUCACCCAUGGGAAGCACGAAAUAUUCCAACAAUAACUUGGACGGCUUUACCGAAUAAAUUGUAUACAUUGUACAUUUUUGAUACUGGCUCCUUCAUAGCACAUGGAAUUUAUAUCAAUAUAAAUCAGAAUGACAUACAGAAUGCCGAGGCUAUCAUACCUUACCAUGGACCUAAAAAUCCAACUGUAAGAGAAAAUGCCUAUGUGUUCCUGUUAUUCGAACAAAAAAAUCGAAUUGUUUUAACCAACGAAUGGAAUCAAAAACUGAGGCAGACAAUGGUAACUGCGGCCUAUAACACUACAGACGCAUUUCAGGAGCUUGAUCUAACAGGACCUAUAGCGAUGAAUUGGUUAACAGCUGUAAAAGAUCCCUAUUCUGUCCAGUAUUUUGUCAACGUCGGUCUCAUUAACAACUGUCCUAACAUGGUAACUGAAGCUUUGAAAAAGAAGAAAAUAAGUUUUAUACCAGAUGAUGUUGACUUGUCCAUGUCAUUAGACAUCAAUCUUCACACGACAGCUUUAAAUUUUGAUUCAUGUUGCACAAGUUAUAGAUAUCAAGAACAUACAGCAAAACUGAAUCCUAUUGGAGAUGGCUAUAUCAGUCCAGCUCACGCCAGAAGUGAGGCAACGUUAACUAUGACUCUUCUGAGAGAGGGCUUACUCUUCAUACCAUCAGGAAAAACAGAUGUACGUUAUACUUUACUAUGUGUCGACAUAUCUGUUCCAUACCCAGCAGCUGGAACUCCUGAUCUACCUCUUCUGCAUAUGCUCGUUACUAAUAUCAACGGAAGUGACAUUGCAUCUGGAGACAUAAUCCGAUCGUACCUAGGUCCAGCACCCCCUGAUUAUGUAAACCACACCUACAUCUUUUUGUUGUAUACACAGACUUCAAUGCUAAACACAAUUGAAACUCAAUCCUAUCUAACACAAGGGUGUUCUGCUGGAAUAGAUGGUCGGUGUUUAUUCAACGUAACACGCUUUGUUGAUGGUGCCAAAUUGAAUCUUGUUGGUUCCACGUGGUUUCAAGCAACAACUGAUGAAUACAUCCGGUAUACGUAUGUUAACAGAGGACAGGAUCCUGAUAGUGUAUGCAACAAUAUAAAUGGUUACGCUAAUCCAUGUCCCGUUGCAUUAUCGAAUGACUGCUCACCUGCUAAUAUAAAGAACGGUCUUCAGUUUUGUUUGGAUGGUAUAUGGAACAAGGCUAACGACAAGAAUGCAUUCUGGUUUGGCAAUAAUUGGCAGAGUAUUUGUGGAUUAAAUCCAUUUGCCGCACCUUUCUGUACCGUCAUAAAACAGCCGUAUACACCACACAGUCUACUUAACACAAUGUAUGGAUUAAACUGGAAUUUGACUGUGAAUCCACUGAAGCAAUACCUAUAUAUAACGUAUCAAACACCGACAGGGUCAUACCCAAGCUGUGGAAAUACAUACAAGGUGACAGAAUCAAAGACGUUCGAACUACAACCUUUACUAUCCAAAAACACUCGCCCAUGGGAUGUACAGACUUUUCCAACAAUAACUUGGACGGCUUUACCGAAUAAAUUGUAUACAUUGUUCAUUUUUGACGCUGGCGCCUAUAUAAAUCAUGGAGUUUUUAUCAAUAUAAAUCAAAAUGAUAUACAAAAUGCGGAGGUUAUCAAACCUUACAGCAACCCUAAAAAUCCAACAAUAAGAGAACAACCUUACGUGUUCUUGUUAUUCGAACAAGCAGAUCGAAUUGUUUUAACCGACGAAUGGCAUCAAAAACUGAACCAGUCAAUGGUAACAGAGGCCUUCAAUUAUACAGACGUAUUUCAGGAGCUUAAUCUAACAGGACCCAUAGCGAUGAAUUGGUUACAAGCUGUUGGAGAUCCCUAUUCUAUACAGUUUUGGGUCAAUAUUAAUUUAAUUAACAACUGUCCUAAUAUGGUGACUGAAGCUUUGAAAAAGAAGAAUAUAAGUUUUAUACCAGAUGAUGUUGACUUGUCCAUGUCAUUAUACAUCAAUCUUCACACGACAGAUUUAAAUUUUGAAUCGUGUUGCACUAGUUAUAGAUAUCAGGAGCAUACCGCAAAACUGAAUCCCAUUGGAGAUGGCUAUAUUAGUCCAGCUCACGCGAGAAGUGAGGCAUCAUUAACUAUGACACUUCAGAGAGAGGGCUUACUCUACAUACCAUCAUGGAAAACGGAUAUUCGUUAUACAUUGCUAUGUGUCGACAUAUCUGUUCCAUCCCCAGCAGCUGGAACUCCUGACUUACCUCUACUGCACAUGCUCGUUACUAAUAUCAACGGAAGUGACGUUCAAUCUGGAGAUAUCAUCCGAACAUACCUAGGUCCAGCACCUCCUGAUUAUGUAAACCACACCUACAUCUUUUUGUUAUAUACACAGAGUUCAAUGCUCAAAGAAAACGAAACUAAAUCAUAUUUAACACAAGGUUGUUCGUCUGGAAUAGAUGGUCGGUGUUUAUUCAACGUAACACGCUUUGUUGAUGGUUCCAAAUUGAAUCUUGUUGGUUCCACGUGGUUUCAAGCAACAACUGAUGAAUACAUCCGGUAUACAUAUGUUAAUAGAGGACAGGAUCCGGACAGUGUAUGCAACAAUAUAAAUGGUUACGGUAAUCCAUGUCCCGUUGGUUCCACGGUUAUUAUCAAGUCUAGUAUGUUUUCCGUUCUUUUAUUGUGCAUACUGGCUUACAUUUCAUUCACUAAAUGAAUUUAACAAUGAAAACCACGGACCAAUAUAAUCCGGAAGUAAAAGAAAAAUACGUACCAGAAAUCUUCAAUUAUAUCAUGUUUGCAAAUUUACACAUUUCUAUCGUGCGCAAAUUCUUUGAAUAAUGAGAUAAUAUUGAAUAGAAAAUCAUUAUAAAUGCAAUAACUACUUACCAUUAAUGAAUUUAUCUUACAAGCCAUGAGGGCAACCAUGCUUGAUCGAUAAAUUCUACUUUAGGUUUGAAUUUAUUAUCAAAAUAAAUGACGGACAAAAAUCCGGUUUUUGUUCUUCAUUUUGUUUUUUCUUUUGAUCAUUUAAGUGUCACCAACUACUGUAUGUAUAAUUAUGUAAAUGUGCUCGUAGAAAUACUUUGUAAAAUUCAACUAAUACAAAAUAUAAAUGUAUGAUAUUUUUGCUAAUUAAAUCCCCUGGUUUCAUUAGCAAUUAACAACACAGGGAGGAACCUUUGCGUCAUUGUUGUUGCGCUAAGGGACAUUGUACACAACUAUUAGUGCAAUAAAUUAUUUGAAGUUGGUAAAAAUAUACAAACCAAUAUUAUCCGGAAAUAAAAUUUAGAUGACCUCUUGUUUGUAUAUAAAGGAUGUCUCUUGCAAUGGAACAAUUCAUCUACGCAUAGAAAGCUAAAAUUGUUAAAGAGAAACAUAUACUAUUUCUGAGAACUCUUUGAACACUUGUUGCUAUAUGUGUGCUAUGUGUCACCGUUAUCUUAUAUGUAUAAUUAAAAUGUUUGAUAUGUCAUUCA